GAAACACCCAGGAAAACGAAAGAGAGAAGAUAAAGUGAGAGUCUCGCUGAGAGAGAGAGAUAUGGCGAAUAAAGUUAAAGAGAAGAAUCAAAGAGAAACUGGUCUUCCACUUUUUUGCUUUUCCUCCCUUCUCUAAGAGUAAAGCUGGAGGCCAACGACCCUAAAUUAAGGUUUGUUUUUUUUUUUUUUAACUUGGUAAUAUCUCAUUUCCCUAAAUCAUUGGAAAACGAUCCCCACUGUCUCUCUGUCUGUCUCCCCGAAGCUUUCUCACUUUGAUAGAACAACCUCCUCGAACGUAGUUUCAGAACAUUUCACAAAUUCUAGGCGUUACCCCGGUCUUUUUCCGAAAUAUUUGUCUCCACGAAAAUCCUUGCCUCUUUCUUUCCCCUUUGUUUGGUUCCUGAGAAAGCUGAGGCUAACCCUUCAAAGAAGAAUCAAAUAAGUUGUACGGACUUUGGAUUAGAUGUGAUUCUCAAUUAAGACAACAUUUAGCUGAGCUCAUACUCUGUUGUCCUUUUCUCCUGUUUUUCUCAGCUGUCAAUCGUUGACUAUAAAUAUUGCAUCUUUUCUCGUUUUUAAGAUUUUCUACUUGCUCCUAGAAAAAGAAAAAAAAGGGAUAUUUCUGCUUGUUCACUUGUUCUUGUUUGGUACGUCGUCGUAUUCUGUUUGGCUUUCUUUGGGUGUCUCCAAUGGCGGACUCCGGUAAAGUACGGUUGGUUCUUUGCCCAAAGUGUGAAAAUCUUCUCCCGGAGCUCGCUGAUUACUCUGUUUAUCAGUGCGGUGGUUGCGGUGCUGUUCUUCGAGCAAAAAAAGAGAAUCGCGAAGGAGAUGGGUUGUCCGAGAAGUCAGAUGAAGAAAGGUUAUGCGAACUACCUGCUAAAUCAGAGAAUUCCUCGAAUAAAGGAAUGAUUGAUUUGAGUGAUGCUUCCGAUACAGAUGUUAAGCCAGAUGGUGACUCUUUGAAAUGUGUUCAAAGGGAUUCAAAGAAGGAUGAUGUUGCAUAUGCUGAGCGAUAUGGGAAUGAAUCUAAGGUUGCAACUGAUAAUUGGGUAACUGAGACUGGUCUCGAUAUGAACACAAAAAGAGAUGAAUUGGGUGAAGCAAUGGGAACGGAACAAGGAGAACUGAAUUCUGAAAUUGGAUCUAUGGAAAGAUUCCAAAGAUCGGGUCGGAUGUCUGAUUGGAAAAUGGGAGAGAGACGUGAGAUGGAGGGGUUUCGAAGAAACCCAAGAAGUGAUGUCGAAGGUGUGAGGUUUUCGACUUCAAACUAUCCUGAUGAGGGCCCGUCAAAUUACAAGUUGGAUUCUUCAUAUAGUUUUGGGGAAUCAUCUAGGAACCCUGAUGACCCAGAUGGGGCUAAUAGGGUUAAGUAUCUUGAACAAGAUCGAGCUGAGCUUUUGAGGAAGCUGGAUGAGCUAAAGGAUCAACUUAAUCAGUCUUGUAAUGUGGGUGAAAAACCAAAAGAGAGGGUUCCUCUUGAUGGCAGGAUGGCUCCUCCAGAUCCUUAUGUUGGCCCUGAUAAUUGGUUUCAAAAUGGUUCUUCAGUCUCAAAUAGGGCUCCAAUGCAGUACUCUGGGUCCGAUAAACAUGGUGCAGGCCACCCUUGUUCCAAUCAUUGGCCUGAUCUAUUUCCUUAUACCAACAGGCAUGAAAUGGCCAUGCAUAGCUUCUUUCCUCAAAUGCAUAAUCCAAAUCAUAAUCCUGGAUAUGGAGAUCCUUUUGGACCUGAAAUGCUUAGGAGAGCUCCACACCAGUUACCUGGUCAAUACCCACCACAGCCAUUGCAUCCAUACUUUUCUGGACAAUAUAUUGACUCUAAUCCGAACUCAUUUGAGCCAUACCCAGCUAACUCAAUGUUUCACCAGCCUUCUUGCUCUUGUCUCCAUUGUUAUGACAAACUUCAGCGAGUCUCAGCACCAGUUCCACCCACUUCUUUUUGCAAUAAAAGGUUUCCGGAUGUCCCAAACAAUCCUGUUAUGUACCAUCAUCAGAAACCUGGGGCAUUUGGUCCACUUGGUCAUAAUUCUAGGUCUGUCAUUCCUCCUCCAUCAAGCAUUAGUGAUCCACAACGCCAUGCAAGAUGGCCGAGUGAACUUAAUUCUGAGAUGGGUGGUUUUGUUCGCUGUCAUCCUCGUAGGGUGGUGUUAGCCAGUGGUGCCCACUAUUGCCGUCCCAUAGCAAAUGGUGCCCCCUUUGUAACAUGUUAUAAUUGCUUUGAGCUACUGCAACUUCCCAAGAAAGUACUUCUGACCGUGAAGAAUAAACAAAAAAUGCGAUGUGGGGCAUGUUCUGCAGUAAUCAACUUUGCUGUCAUCAACAAGAAACUAGUUCUUUCAGUUCAUGCACAAACAAAGGAUAUUCCCAUAGAUGUUGAUGGUAGCUCUAAUGAGGUGGUGAAAGACAGUGCUUCGCAUUUCCUCAGCCACAUGAACCUGAAUAGUUCUAAUUUCUCUUCUGAUGAUUAUGAUAUUUCUGGUUACGAUUUUCAUUCAAUAGAUAGAGAACCUGUUUCAUUGUCUACUGGCCCGGGUUUGAACUCAAUCAAUGCUCAGAAGAUGGGAAGCUUUCUUUCUUCAUCCCCCAGCACCUCUGAGGAUGAAAAUGGUCCAGAAGUCUUAAUUGCUUCAAAAGAAGUCAACAACUCCAGUCAGCAACCAACCAGAGCUGUUCUGUCUCCACCACCUCCCGGUUCACCUCUUCAAGAACAUUUUGAUUAUUCUUCUAAUAAUAAUGCUGUGGACCGUCUUGGGAAGGGAAACCAAAGUAGUCGUUCAGAUCAAGAGAAGGGGAAACCUCACAAGGCUGCCACACGCCAAAAUUCUUUGAAAGAGGCGUCACUUGCUACUGAGAUGGAGGUAUCAUUCAAUGAGUACUCCAAUACUGGGGUCUCUCAAGAUUCUGGGGAUGCAAGCAGAGAAGACGAUCAGCCAAGAAACAACAAAGGGGGUGAAUCAUUUUUUGCUAACAUUAUCAAGAAAAGCUUUAAGGAUUUUUCUAGAUCUAAUCAAACAGAUGAACGUCACAGAAGUAAUGUAUCAGUAAAUGGUCAUCUCAUACCAGAACGUGUGGUUAAGAAGGCUGAAAAGCUGGCUGGACCAAUUCAACCUGGAAAAUAUUGGUAUGAUUUCCGAGCUGGAUUCUGGGGUAUAAUUGGUGGGCCUUGUCUGGGAAUAAUACCUCCAUUCAUUGAAGAGUUCAAUUAUCCCAUUCCAGAGAAUUGUGCUGGAGGAAAUACUGGUGUUUUUGUAAAUGGGAGAGAGCUUCACCAAAAAGAUUUAGACUUGCUCUCUAAUAGAGGACUUCCCACUGGUAGAGAUAGAUCUUACAUCAUUGAGAUUUCUGGGAGAGUCCUGGAUGAGGACACUGGUGAGGAGCUAGAUAGCCUUGGCAAACUUGCUCCAACAGUUGAGAAGGCAAAACAUGGAUUUGGUAUGAAACCUCCAAGAGGAGCCACUGUUAAUCAAUAGAAAUCACGAAGUUCUAUCAUCAGUUUGGACAUGCUGGAAAUAUUAAGACAUCCUGUCCGAGAGUUGGAAAAACCAUCUUAACAAAUUCAUUUAGAGGAUCUACCCUAAGUUUUCUCACCUUGACGGAUAUGAAUAAUAUGAUGUUAGAUGGUGGGUAUGCCGCUGAUGUCCGAAAGCUAUAUAUCUGUUACUAAACAUACCCUGAUUCAUCUGAAAGGGAUUGUCCUGUUGCACACCCAAAGUAAAUGUGUGCCAAUGUUUUGUAUUUUUAUAUGUAAAUCAAGUAAUUUUUUU